AUGGAUAUCUUGAUCGAUUCAACCUCGGGUCAAGGCUUGCUGUCAUUCAUGGAUGGAUUUAGUGGCUACAAUCAUAUCAAGAUGUCACCCAAAGAUGCCGAGAAGACAGCCUUUCGAACACCAUAUGAGAAUUUUUAUUACACGGUCAUGCCGUUUGGUCUUAAGAAUGCUGGCACCACCUACCAAAGGGUUAUGACGGCGGUGUUUCAUGACAUGAUGGGAAAAGAGGUGGAAGACUAUGUGGAUGACCUUGUGGUGAAGUCCAAAACUACAAAAAGCCAUGAAGAAGUUUUGAGGAGGGUGCUGGAAAGGUGCUGA